GUUUUCUUCAUUUCAUAUCUUCCAUUCGUCGCGUUCAAUUCGCUAGAUUCUCUGUCAUUAUUCUCUUUAGUGCUAUCUGCCGAGUGCCGUUGCCGUAUUGCCAAUGGAAGAUUCUGCGCACAGUUAUAAAUUUCUUUGUUGAAUUUCUUUUGUUUGUACAAAUUUAAAACAUCCCGACCGUUACUACUUCUAUUUGUUUAAACAUUUCACCAAGUUACUAAUUAUUGUAAUAAUGGAAACUCCCAGCGCCGAAGAACAACAAUUUGACCAAAAACUUGAAGUGGCGAACAAAGCGAAGGAAGCCUACGCUCAGCUUUACAAGGAACUGGUAGAGAAUUUGAGGUUGGAACAUUUUGAGGACAUUGUCAAUAUUCUGAAGGCAGAUAGUGUGGCCUUUAACAAAGAAGAGAUUCUGCGUUAUUUUAAGACGAAUCUCCAACAAGAUGUUAUCAAUUCUAUGGAUAAAAGUUGGGCAACCUGUAACAUCGGUGUUAACAUUGCUACUCUAGAAGUACUGAAGGACAAAUUCAGGCAUCGCAAAGAUGCCAAGUGGCGACCCACUGGAAAAACGGUGGAAGAACAAACCUUACCCAUUCGAGUGCAAAAGCUCGACGCACAAUGCAGUUACCUUAGGAAGCAAGUUGAUUUCCAAAAUGCCAAGCUUGAGGAACUCUUGCAACAAAAUACAAUGUACCGCAAUGAUGUGGAGCAAUUUAAGGUACGGCGUAGUUUCAUCCGUGACCAAAUGCAUCGUGGAACAUCAGAGUUGCAAAAUUUAAAGAACGAAUAUGAAGAUGCAAUCGUGCAAAUUCUCAACCAGGAUUAGGAUUAGCCAGAAGCAUUGAAUGGUUAUGUACCUAACUUCAUCUGAGUAGGAUUAGGAAUUUUAAUAAUUGUUUUGUUAAUCCCUCGACUUCGACGGAAGCAGCUGUACGCAGCAAUAAAGUUUUUUUUUCAACAUUU